AUGAACCAAUACACUGCUAGCCAUUUUCCGCGUGUGAUUCCUACCUUUGCUAAUCUUCUUGACUCUUCAUCUAGCAGAGCUGGCCUAUACAACCUUGCUAAGAGAGCCCAAUCAUGGCUUCAUGGCUCAAGACAAAGCCGAAGUUUAAUCCUAAGUCUGGAUUACAAUGUGCACAGCGGACUGAACACUGCUGAUGCAGAGGCACAAUUGUAUACAAUUUUCAACGAGCCAUCCCAAAGGGUCGUUGUUGUGUACAGCAAAAAGCGGCUUGAGCUUCGCAGUCUUCUUGAGCAAGUGCGUGGAGGUCCAUUAGAAAAAGUGCACGAAAAAAAAGAUAGGGACUCCCACUUGGUAGAAAUCCAUUUCUUGAGUCCUCAUGAUGCCCAAGAGUUUUACAACUAUUGCACGAAGACUCGUUUUUUCCUCGUGAACGGUAGUCGAUUAUGGGUGGAAUGGGACCUGUCGUAUAAAAAGCGGUUUCCCAUGCCCAUGUUGAUCCCGCCAUUCGUGCUCAACCAGAUCAACAUGUUUGGUGCUUCCAGGUGCUUAUUGAUCACCAAACCGAUGUUUGGCAAGCAUAGUAAGCGAAUUGGAUCGCAUAUGUUUUACCCGCAACCACCCAGGAAUUUUCUUUAUGAGCACUUGAAUUUCGAGGAAUUGCGUAAAGAAUUGGAGCAGUAUGGGUCAGUGAUUGAUAUCACCCCCAUGGUGUCGGUAAAUGUCAGUAUCUGCGUUCACUUUGCAGAUAUUCGGUCAGCCAUUCUUGUCAAAAAAGAUGUCGAGGUACCGGGAACUCCAGCCAACAAAGCAUGUGCGUCAUUAACCGUGACUUAUUAUAAGGAUCCCUGUGAUCAGAAAUGCUAUGUUAUAUAG